AAUUUUCUGUCUCUGGUGUCUUGAUUUUCGUUUGUGGCAAUGCAGUUUGUGUACAUGGCACUUAUAAGAAGAAUUUGGAAUCAAUUUUGGAGCAUGGACUCAAACGGAUGAAAAGGUUACAUGUUCAUUUCUCAUGUGGCUUGCCAACAGAUGGGGAGGUAAUUAGUGGAAUGAGGCGAGAUGUUAAUGUCCUCAUAUUUCUUGAUGUGAGAAGAGCUUUGGAAGAUGGGAUGAAGCUUUAUAUCUCAGACAACAGAGUUAUCUUGACGGAGGGAUUUGAUGGUACCGUGCCUGUGAGGUAUUUUGAGAAAGUAGAAUCAUGGCCAGAUAGAAAACCUUUGCCUUUAUAAAUUGGAAUAUGUCACUUUUUUCCUUCAUUCCCUUUUGCAUCCUUCUUUCUUCUUACUCCCUUGCACUGCACCUACCCUCCACCCCCUGGAGAAAAAAGAACGAAAGAAAUUUGUAGCAGGUCAUAAUGCUCUUUGUUCUUCGCUAUUUUCCUUACUAUUACCCACUUUUCCACCAUGAGAUUAAAUCUUACUAUCAUUGUGAUUUGAUUACUAAUUUUAAUGUAUUUCCCCCAAAAGGAAAAGAAUGUUUAGUGAAAUGAAGGUCUUGACGUCUGAGCAAACGAAGGUUAACUUCCCUUUUGCAAGAAGAAAUGAAAGCUGAUUUGUUGCACUUAUUCUUUUCUAUGUAUUUCUGGAAGAACAAGUAGAUCCUUUUAAAUCAGAUAUGAGACUUAACUAUGACUAGUUUGGUGAUCAGACGCAUCUGCAUUGCAGCUUUGAUAUACAGUCAAACCUUUCUAUAACAGUCUCCUUUGUUCCGAAUAUUUUUGGAUGUUAUAACGAAUUGUUGUUAUAGAGAACAUAUAUUGUAAUACAACAUGAAAUUUGGUUCCGAAAAAAAACUGGCUUUUAUAGUGAAGUUUUGUUAUAUAAGGAUGUUAUAGAGGUU